CAGCCCUUUGCUAGCCCAAUAGUCCAUUUUCUUACUACUCUUAGUAUCUACCUAGAGACUAGCCGUCUACGUACAGCUACCGAGUUCUUGCCUAUACUUAGCUCUCUCGUCUACUGCGUACGGGCGUUAGCGAUAGAGUUCUUUCUACUAGCAGAUAAGCGCGCGGAGCAAGGUGCUGCUAAGACAAGUAGCUUUCUUAAGCAGCGUGCUCGCUAUCUAGUAGACGGCUCGUAUAGCCCAAUAAGCACUAUACUAAGCUUACUAGCAUACGCUAAGUUUAUCGCUCUGCGUACGCCUAGUAGCAUCGCUAGCAGUAUGUAG